AGUGACAGGACUAACAGACAUCACAACGGAGAGCAUUCCGGAAAGUUCUCAGAACAACAUUGAAAGAAUUUACUUAUUGUGAAUAUCAAUUUGUCACUGCAUACAUUCUGAGCGACGUACAGUCUAAUAUUUUUGUUGCCUGGGGAAAUGCGAGGAUGGCUCAGGAGGAGCGGGAAGCUCGCGUCCGCAGUGCGCUCUCUGGCCUAGUUCAGCAAUUCAUUCGGCGCCUACCCGGAGAAGACGACGAUACUUUUGAUGAGAGGCAAGAGAAUGCAUAUGAGCUCGGUUCCAGCAUCCUCGAAAGCCGUACCGCGCCUGCCGUGGUCGCAGAUUUAAACCAUGCGGGGGAUCUAAUAAAAAAGAAGCUGAUUAAGAAUAAUCCUCCGGACAAGGCGCUGAAGUUUUCGAAUUUAUACUCUCGACUGCUCAUCCAGCCUGUGCUGAACCAGAAAUGGGCGAUCCUAUACCUGCUUUACCAGCUGGCGGACUCCGACGAGCCAGAGCCGCCACUAUCGGACCAAUCCAGGCAGCUAAGCAGCGCAUUAAGGGAGGAUCGAAGACUGCUUGAGGGCGUGCGGGCAGGAUCGUCGUUACGCAAUGGCCCACGGAGAGAAGAGAAGGUGUACGAUGAGGCGUUUGCGCCCCAGGGAGUACGCAACCUCCCCGUACGAGAUGGGAACCAGCGAGGCCCAAGGGAAGCAGAAGCAGCCGCCACAAAAAAUAUACCAGAUCAGGGCAAGCCACACCCCCCAAAGACCUUGAUGCUGGCGGACAACUAUGUUGAGAUUAGCCCGUCGGAGACAACUCUGUUACGAGACCUCCCGUUCACACUGCAAGGGCUCACGUCAACGACUCUGGCGUUCCCCUCGACGUCAGUUCUCAAAUUACCCAAUUCGCUCCCGCCGCCUAUAAUAUCUAUACUACACACUCUUGCAGAACCGUCGCUGCUAUAUAGGGGCCUGACGGAAUUCGUCGCGUCCACCGAGUGCGGGCUCCUUGGCCAAAGUCUGCGCGCAGCAGUCGCGGGAGAAUUACGGUCUUAUCUGGGGCUAGUGGCGACGUUAGAGGGGCAAAUAAGACGAGCUUUAUCGUCUCUAGACGAAAAUGAGCCUAGAGGUGGAAUCGGUAAAGCCGGAGUCACGUUAAAGAGAUGCGUGGUCUGGACGCGUGAAGCAACCAUGGGACUACGGCUUCUCAGUCUCAUCGCGGAGGAGUCAAGGAACCGACGAGGUGGGCAACUGAUAUCGCUCAUCCAUGGAUUCUCUUCCUCUCACGGAGACCCUUUGGUUGGGGCGUUUGCUGAGAGGCUCCUAACGCAUGUGACGCGACCAUUUUACGAUAUGUUACGACAAUGGAUUUACGACGGCGAAUUAUCGGACCCGUACCAUGAAUUCUUCGUCUCGGAGCAAGAUCCAAACGUCGUUAACACCGCAGAGGAUGGGCGAAGUCGAGGCGGCGCAAGCAGUGUCUGGGAAGAUAAAUAUAAGCUCGAUGAUGAUAUGAUACCGAGCAUCAUUACGGAAGACUUUGCGCAAAAAGUCUUCCUGAUUGGGAAAUCGCUUAAUUUCAUCCGGCAUGGCUGUGGCGACUCUUUAUGGGUCGAGGAAUACUCAAAAGCCGCUUCGAAAGAGCUUCGAUAUGGCGAUACGGAGACACUGGAGACCUGGAUCGACGAGGCAUAUAAGACAACAAUGGCUAGGUUGAUUCACCUUAUGGCGGACAAAUUCCAAUUGUUUGAGCAUCUCAAGGCACUGAAAAACUACAUCCUUCUCGGCCAAGGCGAUUUCAUAGCCCUGCUGAUGGAAUCAUUAUCGGCCAAUCUGGAUAGACCUGCCGGCGCCCAAUACCGUCAUACUCUGACAGCACAGCUUGAGCACGCAAUCAGGGGCUCCAAUGCGCAGUAUGACUCGCCAGAGGUUCUGAGGAGACUGGACGCGAGAAUGCUUCAGCUGUCGCAUGGAGACAUUGGCUGGGACUGUUUCACACUCGAGUACAAGAUCGAUGCUCCAGUCGACGUAGUCGUGACAGAAUGGGGCAACCGCCAAUACCUCAAAGUCUUUAACUUCCUCUGGCGCAUCAAGCGCGUCGAAUUCGUCCUCUCCACCACAUGGCGCAAAUGCAUGACCGGCGCUCGCGGCGUCCUCCAAGGCGUCGACACCAGCGUCGGCGAAACCUGGAAGUCCACCCGCGGCGUCGUCGCAGAAAUGAUCCACUUCAUCGGACAACUCCAAUACUACAUCCUCUUCGAAGUUAUCGAGUCCUCAUGGGACGAGCUACAGACAGCUAUCCACAAAGAAGGCUGCACACUUGACGACAUCAUUCGCUCACACACAGAUUACCUCAACGCGAUCACGCACAAAGGCCUCCUCGGCGCCAAAAAGCGCGGUCACUCUGACGACGCUCCGAGUACGUUCAUGAUGCAGCUCGGUGACCUGUUGCGCAUUAUGCUCGCCUACCGCGACGCUGUGGACGGGCUGUAUAGCUGGAACGUAGCUGAGUUCACGCGUCGCCAGGAAGCGUCCAUUCGCGUGAACUCGCGCAUGGACAUGUCCGACGACGAGGUCCUACCCACCCCCGCCACAACACGGCGCGGGCCCAAACACCUCGCCCACGACAGUCUGAGCAGCACGCCUGUACCCGGCGCGAUUCCGGGACUUCACAGUGCGGGCGGCGAGGACGAGUUGUUGCCCACGCUACAGGAGCGGUUGAAGGCGCUGGGAGGGCAGUUUAGAGCGAAGCUGAGUGCGUUGUUGGGGGAUCUGGCGUAUCAGCCUGAUGUGGAUAUGCGGUUCCUGGGGGUUGUGAUGAAUUUCAAUGAUUUCUAUCAGCCUGUGCGGAGGAGGAUGGGGACGAAGGUGCCGUCGAAGGAGAAGGCGAGGUGAAUGGAGUAGGGGUGGGGCUCGAAUAAGGUUCUUGUAAACCAGGAUGGUUUUACUGGGAGCAGGCAGCUUGGCCGAGGUUUGGGAUUCGGGAUGGGAGGAUUGUUGAUAAAGAGGUGGGCGGG